GUCGAGGUGCUGACUGUAAUGUGAUAGCUGCUCCGCUCUAACGUUAUUACAUACACAUGCUGGCUGCCUGCGCUCUCGCUGCUGGAACACGGAGACUUCAAAACUCAAGCCAGAAUAGUCCGAUCAGAGCAGAGAGAAGGAGCUGUGUGCCUGGACUAGCGGAGAGAGAACGGAGUGUUACCGGUUAUAAAGCUCUGGGUAAUAACGGCAAUACGGACCGUUUUGGUUUGCAUUCUAUGAAAGAUCGUUUUUACCGACGAGCCUUGGACAGUUGGACUAUUUCGUUAAGAUUUGUGUUUUUUUUUUUUUGUGAUUUUGGGUUUUUUUUGGACAAGUAAAUGCGCUGGAGGGAGAAAGUCAAAGGAAAUACAAAACAAAUAUCUUCUCACUGGUUUGGAGGCAACCAAAACACUUCAGAUAUCUGCUAGAGAAAGCACAAAUUCCGUGGACUAAAAACCGCUACGGACUUCUGAAUGAUUUCAUACAGAUUUUUAAUUUAAUUUAAUUUUCCAUAAUUUCUUUGUAAUAGAAUAUUAUCUGGAUGGAAUUGAUGUUUUAUUUCUUUAUUCUCGUUAUUUUGAACGCCGCAGUGGCCAGAAUGGUUUUGAAUCUUUUAAAUUAUUGAAUUGAAAUAACGGGGCAGAAAAUAUUAUUCAUUUAAAAAAAAGAAGAAACAAAAGAAGUGUUAAGCGGGUGGGAAUUGAUAUCGCCGUUGUGUUGAACACCGAACCACAGACCAACGUCUUCCCGGUGGAGACGCGUGUUACCGUGACCGGAGAAAACAGUUUGCACGAGGAAGAAGACUUUCACGGCGAGUUCUUGUCUCCGGGAUUGGGAAGGGUGAAACUUCACAUCGGAAAAUGGAUAUAUUACCGUGGCUCUGUGGAUGUUUACUGGCCGUUUGUUUACCACAAAUAGUUAUCGGUGAAGAAGGUGAGGCGUGUGGCGGACAUUUUGAUGCCAGCAACGCCGGGUACAUCACCACCCCAGGGUACCCUCUGGAGUACCCCCCUCAUCAGAGCUGUCGCUGGGUCGUCACCGCCCCAGAACCUUCCCAACGUAUCGUCCUCAACUUCAACCCCCACUUUGAACUGGAGAAACUGGACUGCAGAUAUGACUUCAUAGAGAUCCGUGAUGGAAACAGUGAGAAUGGAGAUCUGUUGGGUAAACACUGCAGCAACAUCGCCCCUCCAGCCAUCAUCUCCUCCGGCCCCGUGCUCCACAUCAAGUUUGUCUCUGACUACGCUCACCAGGGAGCUGGUUUUUCACUGCGCUACGAGAUCUUCAAAACUGGUUCAGACUGCUCCCGUAACUUCACCAGUCAGAACGGGAUCAUUGAGUCUCCGGGGUUCCCUGAUAAAUACCCUCAUAACCUGGAGUGUUCCUUUAUUAUCAUCGUGCCCCCGGCCAUGGACGUGGCCCUGACCUUCCUGACCUUUGACCUGGAGAACGACCCCCUCCCCGGGGGAGAGGGAGACUGCAAGUACGACUGGUUGGAGGUCUGGGACGGUCUGCCACAGGUGGGGCCUCUGAUAGGACGUUACUGUGGAACUAAGAUCCCUCCUGAAAUCACGUCAUCUACAGGUAUCCUGUCUCUGUCCUUCCACACGGACAUGGCCGUGGCCAAAGAUGGCUUCUCUGCUCGCUACAACAUGACACACAAAGAUGUCAGCCACACCUUCCAUUGCAGUAACGCGUUAGGUCUGGAGUCAGGGAAGAUCUCUGACGACCAGAUCACUGCCUCCUCUUCCUUCUAUGACAACACAUGGUUGCCACGGCAGGCCCGCCUUAACAACGGCAACAACGCGUGGACGCCCAACGAGGACAGCAACAAGGAGUACAUCCAGGUGGAUCUCCAUGUCCUGAAGGUGUUGACGGGUAUCUCUACCCAGGGAGCGGUGUCCAAGGAGACCCAGAAGUCCUACUACGUCACCACCUUUAAGCUGGAGGUCAGCACCAACGGAGAGGACUGGAUGGUCUACCGAUAUGGCAAGAACCACAAGAUUUUCAAUGCCAACACAGACUCUACUGAGGUGGUUCUGAACCGGAUCCCCCAGCCUGUUCUGGCCCGCUUCGUACGCGUCAGACCCCAGACCUGGAAGACAGGCAUCGCCCUGCGCUUGGAGCUCUACGGGUGCCAGAUCACUGACGCUCCAUGUUCUGAGAUGCAGGGGAUGCUGUCUGGCCUGCUGCCCGACUCCCAGAUCACAGCGUCAUCCCUGAGGGAUAUCCACGGCUCCAUGGGGACGGCCAGGCUGGUAGCCAGCAGGUCAGGAUGGUUCCCCAGUCCAACACAGCCUCUGGCCGGGGAGGAGUGGCUCCAGGUGGACUUGGGGGUCCCUAAGACAGUACGAGGCGUCAUCACUCAGGGGGCGAGGAGCGUGGAGGGGAGUACCUCGGCUGAGAACAGGGCCUUCGUCAGGAAGUACCGCGUGUCUCACAGCCUGACGGGCAAGGACUGGACUUUUAUACUGGACAGAAAGACCAACCAUCCUAAGAUCUUCGAGGGCAACACACACUACGACACUCCAGAGAUCCGUCGGUUUGAGGAGAUGCCGGCUCAGUUCAUCAGGAUCUACCCAGAGAGGUGGUCUCCUGUCGGGAUUGGGAUGAGGCUGGAGGUGCUGGGAUGUGAACUGCCAGAAAUGACUACUCUUCCUGACACUGCCACAACCCCACUGCCUAGACUAGAGGAGACCACCGCUGCCUCGAGAGGACCAGGCACUACUGUGUGGUCUCUGGGCGGUCUGUGUGACUUUGAGUCCAGUCUGUGUGGCUGGAUCCCAGACAGCAUGUCAGAGCUGAGCUGGUCUCUCCACAGCGGCAGCCUCUCGUCUGGUCUAACACCUAGUCUGGAUCUACCUCUCUCUCUGCCCAAAGACGACGUGGGUAACUUCCUCCACAUCGAGGCCAGCCCCAGGACAGAGAGGCAGCGAGCCCGUCUGGUGAGCCCCGCUGUGGGGCCAGAGAGAGGGCCGCUGUGCCUGCUCUUCAACUACCAGCUCCAGGGGCCCGAGAACCAGGGCCUGGGGUCCCUCAGGAUCCUCAUCAGAGACGACGACCGGGAGGAGACUCUGCUCUGGGCCCUCAGAGGAGACCAGGGGUCCGUGUGGAAGGAGGGUCGCACCAUCCUGCCCCAGUCACCCAAAGAGUACCAGGUGGUGAUUGAGGGCUUCUUUGAGCACAGCAACCGAGGACACAUCUGGAUCGACAACAUCCACAUGAGCUCCAGUACUGAGCUGGAACAGUGUACCCAACCCUUCGCUGCAUUCCCUCCUGACAUGACUGACCGGAGGCCUAUUGACUCUGGAAAUAAACCACUUUACAACGGCAGAGAACGAAUGAAUGGAGGUUUCCCGUUCCCAGAGUGGAGUACCCCUGGCCCGUCCAUGGACCCCCCUGUGACACGUGUCUCUGAGAAGGACAACUCGUGGCUGUACACCCUGGAUCCUAUCCUGGUCACCAUCAUCGUCAUGUCUUCCCUGGGCGUGCUGCUAGGGGCGGUGUGUGGCGGCCUGCUGCUCUACUGCACCUGCUACUACAGCGGCCUGUCGUCACGGAGCUCCACCACAUUGGAGAACUACAACUUUGAGCUGUACGACGGGAUCAAACACAAGGUGAAGAUCAACCAGCAACGCUGCUGCUCCGAGGCCUAGGGCUGUUUAAGGCGCUGGGAGGUCUUGUGCUUCAAGCCCUAAGGCUUUCCCAACUCAAGGACCUUAACUUAAAGCGUGACGAACAGAGAGACACACGCUAAACCCUUUUCCCCUCCUCUCGGGGGUCUCUUCUCUGCCUGCAGGAGAGACCCUGAUCAAUCAAAGCUUGUGAAUGAACCACACUUACCUGCCAUGAUGCCACACGUACUGGCCACUGGAUCACAGCAGUCUGGGCCUGGACCAGAACCCCUACUGUCAGCCUGGGUUUGGACCCUAAACCCCUACUGCAGCAGUCUGGGCCUGGACCAGAACCCCUACUGUCAGUCUGGGGUUGCACCCUAAACCCCUACUGCAGCAGUCUGGGCCUGGACCAGAACCCCUACUGUCAGUCUGGGGUUGCACCCUAAACCCCUACUGCAGCAGACUGGGACUGGACCCAAAAACCCGUCUAGGACCGAACCUCUCAGAGCUGUCAUGUAGCCAGUGGACCAUUCAGUGGGUGCUGAACAAUAUCAAAACAUAUCAAUCUAAUGCCUAUCCCAAAAAAAAGAUGAAAAGAAAAUGAAUCUAGAUUUGUAAAGAAGAAAAGAAGAAGACAUUUUGUUGUUUGUGUUUUUGGUUCUGAUGGACGUUAGAAUAUGAGUGGAAUUAUUGCCAGGAAGGUUUUUUAGAAUGUGAUUCUAGCUUGUAAGACAGCUCUCGGCUUGCUCUCGCCUGCCUGCAUUAUGUGAAAACAGUGGCAUAGAGUAUCGUGGACAGUUUUUUAAGUUCAGUUGAAGAACAUGUGUCUUUAUUAUGAUCAGCUUCAGUUGUAUCGCUCUGUAGACCAAUCCCUCGUUCUCAUUUUUAGACUUCAGUGUGUCAAUAGUUGAACUUUUUUUUUUUGCCUUUCGCCUCAGUUCAGUUGAGUUGAGUUCAUCUGUUAUGGCGUGUUUCUGUUUUUCCAGACUGUUCCUUUAAAAAGGAAGACGAAGAGAAAGAAAGAAAAGACAACUUCAUCUAACAUGACAUGAGACGUUCGUUAAGUUACUUAAAGUUGGAAGGAGUAUCAUGAUUGUCUCUUGCUUUUUUUGCCUGUGUGAUGAUCUAUAACACAUGGUGUGUUGCGCUGUGUGAAACAUUAUGAUUGUUUUAUUGCACCCUAUGGAUUGCUGAGAGAGAGAGAGACACAGCUAUAGUUCACAGAGAUCAGGAGUGUGAGAAGAGAAAUAACUCUCACCAGCAGAGAGAGAGAGAGACAGAGACAGAAAGAGACAGAGAGAGAGACAGAGAGACAGAAAGAGAGACAGAGCGAGAGAAAGAGAAUCCUAUCAUCUUUCCAGACUACUUUAACUCCACACUUCCCUAAAGAAGAAAGCUCUCAAAGAAAACAAAAGAAAGGACACACAAUUGAGCCUUAAGCUAACUGUUAUUGGAAGAGAGCCAUGCGUAGGGAAGCUAGCGACAGAUCGAUCUAUCCUGGAGUAGAGAGACAGAGAGCCAUGCGUAGGGAAGCUAGCGACAGAUCAAUCUAUCCUGGAGUAGAGAGACAGAGAGCCAUGCGUAGGGAAGCUAGCGACAGAUCAAUCUAUCCUGGAGUAGAGAGACAGAGAGCCAUGCGUAGAGACGCUAGCGACAGAUCGAUCUAUCCUGGAGUAGAGAGACAGAGAGCCAUGCGUAGAGACGCUAGCGACAGAUCAAUCUAUCCUGGAGUAGAGAGACAGAGAGCCAUGCGUAGGGAAGCUAGCGACGGAUCGAUCUAUCCUGGAGUAGAGAGACAGAGAGCCAUGCGUAGAGACGCUAGCGACAGAUCGAUCUAUCCUGGAGUAGAGAGACAGAGAGCCAUGCGUAGAGACGCUAGCGACAGAUCGAUCUAUCCUGGAGUAGAGAGACAGAGAGCCAUGUGUAGGGAAGCUAGCGACAGAUCGAUCUAUCCUGGAGUAGAGAGACAGAGAGCCAUGCGUAGGGAAGCUAGCGACAGAUCGAUCUAUCCUGGAGUAGAGAGACAGAGAGCCAUGCGUAGAGACGCUAGCGACAGAUCGAUCUAUCCUGGAGUAGAGAGACAGAGAGCCAUGCGUAGAGACGCUAGCGACAGAUUGAUCUAUCCUGGAGUAGAGAGACAGAGAGCCAUGCGUAGAGACGCUAGCGACAGAUCGAUCUAUCCUGGAGUAGAGAGACAGAGAGCCAUGCGUAGAGACGCUAGCGACAGAUCGAUCUAUCCUGGAGUAGAGAAACAGAGAGCCAUGCGUAGAGACGCUAGCGACAGAUCGAUCUAUCCUGGAGUAGAGAGACAGAGAGCCAUGCGUAGAGACGCUAGCGACAGAUCGAUCUAUCCUGGAGUAGAGAGACAGAGAGCCAUGCGUAGAGACGCUAGCGACAGAUCGAUCUAUCCUGGAGUAGAGAGACAGAGAGCCAUGUGUAGGGAAGCUAGCGACAGAUCGAUCUAUCCUGGAGUAGAGAGACAGAGAGCCAUGCGUAGAGACGCUAGCGACAGAUUGAUCUAUCCUGGAGUAGAGAGACAGAGAGCCAUGCGUAGAGACGCUAGCGACAGAUCGAUCUAUCCUGGAGUAGAGAGACAGAGAGCCAUGCGUAGAGACGCUAGCGACAGAUCGAUCUAUCCUGGAGUAGAGAAACAGAGAGCCAUGCGUAGAGACGCUAGCGACAGAUCGAUCUAUCCUGGAGUAGAGAGACAGAGAGCCAUGCGUAGAGACGCUAGCGACAGAUCGAUCUAUCCUGGAGUAGAGAGACAGAGAGCCAUGCGUAGAGACGCUAGCGACAGAUCGAUCUAUCCUGGAGUAGAGAGACAGAGAGCCAUGUGUAGGGAAGCUAGCGACAGAUCGAUCUAUCCUGGAGUAGAGAGACAGAGAGCCAUGCGUAGAGACGCUAGCGACAGAUCGAUCUAUCCUGGAGUAGAGAGACAGAGAGCCAUGUGUAGGGAAGCUAGCGACAGAUCGAUCUAUCCUGGAGUAGAGAGACAGAGAGCCAUGCGUAGGGAAGCUAGCGACGGAUCGAUCUAUCCUGGAGUAGAGAGACAGAGAGCCAUGCGUAGAGACGCUAGCGACAGAUCGAUCUAUCCUGGAGUAGAGAGACAGAGAGCCAUGCGUAGAGACGCUAGCGACAGAUCGAUCUAUCCUGGAGUAGAGAGACAGAGAGCCAUGCGUAGAGACGCUAGCGACAGAUCGAUCUAUCCUGGAGUAGAGAGACAGAGAGCCAUGCGUAGAGACGCUAGCGACAGAUCGAUCUAUCCUGGAGUAGAGAGACAGAGAGCCAUGCGUAGAGACGCUAGCGACAGAUCGAUCUAUCCUGGAGUAGAGAAACAGAGAGCCAUGCGUAGAGACGCUAGCGACAGAUCGAUCUAUCCUGGAGUAGAGAGACAGAGAGCCAUGCGUAGAGACGCUAGCGACAGAUCGAUCUAUCCUGGAGUAGAGAGACAGAGAGCCAUGCGUAGAGACGCUAGCGACAGAUCGAUCUAUCCUGGAGUAGAGAGACAGAGAGCCAUGUGUAGGGAAGCUAGCGACAGAUCGAUCUAUCCUGGAGUAGAGAGACAGAGAGCCAUGCGUAGAGACGCUAGCGACAGAUCGAUCUAUCCUGGAGUAGAGAGACAGAGAGCCAUGCGUAGGGAAGCUAGCGACAGAUCGAUCUAUCCUGGAGUAGAGAGACAGAGAGCCAUGCGUAGAGACGCUAGCGACAGAUCGAUCUAUCCUGGAGUAGAGAGACAGAGAGCCAUGCGUAGAGACGCUAGCGACAGAUCGAUCUAUCCUGGAGUAGAGAGACAGAGAGCCAUGCGUAGAGACGCUAGCGACAGAUCGAUCUAUCCUGGAGUAGAGAGACAGAGAGCCAUGUGUAGGGAAGCUAGCGACAGAUCGAUCUAUCCUGGAGUAGAGAGACAGAGAGCCAUGCGUAGAGACGCUAGCGACAGAUCGAUCUAUCCUGGAGUAGAGAGACAGAGAGCCAUGUGUAGGGAAGCUAGCGACAGAUCGAUCUAUCCUGGAGUAGAGAGACAGAGAGCCAUGCGUAGAGACGCUAGCGACAGAUCGAUCUAUCCUGGAGUAGAGAGACAGAGAGCCAUGUGUAGGGAAGCUAGCGACAGAUCGAUCUAUCCUGGAGUAGAGAGACAGAGAGCCAUGCGUAGAGACGCUAGCGACAGAUCAAUCUAUCCUGGAGUAGAGAGACAGAGAGCCAUGCGUAGAGACGCUAGCGACAGAUCGAUCUAUCCUGGAGUAGAGAGACAGAGAGCCAUGCGUAGAGACGCUAGCGACAGAUCGAUCUGGCGAGAGACAGAAAACCACCACUGGGGCCUUUGGGGACCUGACCGUAUGCUAGUUUCUACAUUCAGAUUUUUUUUAAAUAUUCACUCCACUUUUCUGUUCUCUUCUUUUAAUGUUACAUGAGAACGAGUGUUAACCAUAACCAGAGACAUGUUUUUGUGUCAGGGUUGAGUUUAAAAAGAAUAAAACAUCUGAAAUCUGGGUUGAGUUUUAGAAUCGGUUUGGCCUCAAGCAAAGAGAAAAGAGGAAAGAGAGAGAGAGAGAGACUGUAUGUCUCUUCCUCCAUAGUUCAGUCCAGGAAGACUGCACCUCAGUGGGCCAAGCAGAACGUGGGAUCGAGGUAGGAAUUGAGGGAGCGAGGGAAGGAGGGAGGGAAGGAGAGAGGUAGGAAGGGAGUAAGGGAGGGAGAGAGAGAAAGGGAAGGAAGGAAGGGGGAAGGGAAGAAAGGAGGGAAAGGAGGGAGGGAGGCUGAUUAGGAAGUGCUGAAAGGAGUGAGGGAUGAGAAGAACUCAGCUUCCAGGGUGAAGGGAUGGAGGAUGGGAGGAUGGGGCAGAGGACGGCAGAGGGCUGGGUGAAGGGAGGGAGGAUGGGAGGAUGGGGCAGAGGAUGGCAGAGGGCUGGGUGAAGGGAUGGAGGAUGGGGCAGAGGGCUGGGUGAAGGGAUGGAGGAUGGGAAGAUGGGGCAGAGGACGACAGAGGGCUGGGUGAAGGGAGGAUGGGGCAGAGGACAGCAGAGGGCUGGGUGAAGGGAGGAUGGGGCAGAGGACGGCAGAGGGCUGGGUGAAGGGAGGGAGGAUGGGAGGAUGGGGCAGAGGACGGCAGAGGGCUGGGUGAAGGGAGGGAGGAUGGCAGAGGGCUGGAGAUGGUGGUACAUCCAGCUCCUUUUUCAUUGGACUCUGUUGACUCUUUUCCAAGUGCCUUGGAUCUCUCUUUCUAGGCCUGAUUGAACUUUUCUAGGGAGCUGAGACAUACAUGCAUCCCAAAUGGAACCCUAUUCCCUAUUUAGUGCACUACUUUUGACCAGGGCCCAUAGGGCUCUGUAAUGCACGAGUGGUCAAGAGUAGUGCACUAUAUAGGGAAUAGGGUGCAAUGUGGGAUGGGCCGUAGUAUUACCUCUUCUGUCUGGGAUGAGGGGGUGAGGCAGACAUCUCUCUCUAACGGAGAUCCUGUCACUGGUAACAGAUUACUCUCCACUGUUGUUUGUAAGACUUUGUACAGAGAUGUCGUUUUUUUUAUUGCUAUUAUUAUUUAAUAAAGGAUGAAUAAUA